AGCUGAAGACAAGGUGGAUAGAGAUAGAAUAUUAUAAUGGUGAUUCGCUGCGUUGCAUUACCGUCACUUUGCCCUACUCCCCGCCUUUGCACCUUCCUGUUGCAGUCUCGACCAUCAAAGAAAGUUUCUGCAACUUGCUGUUUAUCUGCAUCUUCGACUAGAAGAGCAAUCUCUAUGUACAUCGUAACCACCACAGCCUUUUCUACAUUGACUUUCUCCUUAUUUGCUGCUCUUUCAAAAUCCGCCGUUAAUACUGACUUCUUCGACCUUUCUAACUCAGGCGGCGUCAAGGCCUUGGACCUUCGCCUUGGUUCUGGUGCGGUCCCGGUCGACGGCGACCAGGUAGCGAUACAUUAUUAUGGAAGAUUAGCGGCUAAACAAGGAUGGCGAUUCGACUCAACGUACGAUCACAAAGACGGCAAUGGCGAUGCAGUUCCUUUUGUCUUCACCCUCGGCUCUGGAAAAGUGAUUUCAGGCAUUGAAGCAGCUGUGAGAUCAAUGAAGGUAGGUGCUAUUCGUCGAGUCAUUAUUCCCCCAUCACAAGGAUAUCAGAACACAUCUCAACAUCCUCUGCCUCCAAAUUUCUUUGACAGGCAGAGACUGUUUACCACCAUUUUCAAUCCAACCCGUCUUGCAAAUGGUGAAGGUACGACAUUGGGCACUUUGAUCUUUGAUAUUGAGCUUGUCAGAGUGAGGCAUCAGUGAACGAAAAAUGGGUGAUAGACUAUGUAUAUCAAUCAUAGACAUCUUAAAAAGUAAAUGAAAAAAUAGGUGAGAUUAUAAUGGCUUAGUGAAGGGAUGAGCUAAUUGACAUUCAAACUUAACUGGUAGAAGCUUCUCUGUUCCAUAAUUCAGAUGAUUUGUCACAAAAUAACAAUCAAUUGAGAUA